AUGCGGCAUCUACUCCGUGUGCUCGUUGGCCUGGCCUGCCUCGAGGCCGCAUUCUCCGUAGAGAUUGUCCCCGGACACGCAUUUGACCGCUUCAUGACCAUCUGGCUCGAGAACCAGGACUACGCCAAAGCCGCCGUCGAUGCCAGGAUAGCCGAUCUGAGGAGACAGGGCAUCUUGCUCACCAGAUACUACGCCCACACCCAUCCCAGCCAGCCAAACUACGUCGCUGCCGUAGCCGGUGACUAUUUCGGCCUCAACCACGAUGACUUUGUGCGCAUCCCCGAGAACGUCUCCACCGUCGUCGACCUGCUGGAGUGGAAGAACAUCACUUGGGCCGGCUACUUUGAAGACGUCCCCGGUCCAGGCUACAUGGGAAAUGCCAGCGACGGCUCGACAGGCAAUGGCGGCUGGGACUACGUGAGGAAACACAACCCCUUUGUGUCCUUUGACAGCAUCACCAACUACGGGGAGCGGCUGCUCAACCUCGAGUCGUUUGGCGCGUUUCAACGGGCGUUUUCCGCCAAGCAGGUGCCGCAGUUUGUCUUCAUGUCGCCCAACAUGAUGAAUGACGGCCACAACACGAGCAUGGAGUUUGCCGCCGAAUGGUCGCACAAGUUCCUCCAGCCUCUGCUAGAAGACGGCGCCUUUGGCAAUGCCGAGCGGACGCUGGUCAUGCUCACCUUUGACGAAUCCGAGACGUGCAGCGAGCCCAACCACAUUCUGACUCUCCUGCUGGGCAGCGCCAUUCCGCAAGCCCUCAAGGGGACGCAGGACGACACGCUCUACACUCACUACAGCAUCCUGUCCACUCUGGAAGCCAACUGGGGCCUCCCGAAUCUCGGGAGGUACGACGUCGGCGCGAACGUGUUCCGGUUCGUGGCCGACGCGGCGGGCUACACGGGGAACAGAGACCCGGACAACGCGGCGAGCGUGAACAACUCGGUGUCGUACCCUGGCCUGCUGCACGACGAUCCCUCCCUGAGACUGCCCAUCCCAGCCCCGAAUACGCUGCUUGUCGGGGCGGGUGGUCUUCCGGUCCUGGACUCCAUCAAGAAGACGUGGUCGGAUACCGCCAAAGCUCCGACUCCCUACGACGGCAGCGGCAGGGUGUUUGACGGGGAUAGGAACCCGCCGGCUUACAACCCCCCGGCCGCCGACCCAUCAUAG